AGUGUUGCAACAAUGGCCGAAAACACAAACAACGGUAAUUCUUUCCGCGGAUUAUCCGCGAAAACACGUGAUUAGUGCUCCAUCGCGCGUGGCCGAUUAUUUCAGGACGACAGUGCAGUGGAAUAAUAAACAUCGCUCUUUGAAUUUCAUCUUAAAGUGUUUAUGUUGCCGGCUAAUAAUAACAUUAGUCUACUUUAUCUGCGCGUCUUGGAAGUUUCUAAUUUUAGGGCGUUCAUUGAGUCGAUUGAAAUAAGACAAUGUGGCGAAUUUAGUGGAGUAGGUGCGAAAAAUGUUCUCUUCGUUCAAACUUCCCACUCUGAGGCCCAGGACGAGAAGCAUCUCGGGUCCCAGUGCGACCAGCGGCGAAACUUCCCUGCUGUGUAAACCGCCAAAAACCCCUGUCGGAUCGCCUAAACAGAAACAUCAUAGAAAGAGGAACUCCGAGGUGGACCCGUGUCCGAGCAUCGCGUCCUUCCGGCCGGGCUCCGUAGCCCUGACCAGCGACCAGCUAAUGCCCGGCGAUCGGAUAUACAGCGUGAAUGGGAUCACGACGUCCAGGAUGCGGCCGGAGGAGGUGACCACCCUACUGGACAACGUGGACGGCAACGCUAUGCUGGAAAUUGAAUAUUCAUUACCGAAUUACGCUUCGCAGAAUUCCCUCUGCGUGACCUCAAAGGUGACGGAAGUGACAAUAGAACGAAUCGACGGUUCGCUCGGCAUCACCCUGAGGGGCGGUUUGGUUCCGGAUCACCCCCAUCUCAGCAGGCCCCUCGUCAUUACACAAGUUCGACACAACGGUCCAGCCCACAGAAGCGGUUUGAUACGCGUAGGCGACAGACUGCUCAAGGUGGACCAACACUCCCUAAUAAACAAGACCCUCCUCGAGGCCCAACAAAUUCUAAAGGAAAACACCCAGUCCAACACCCACAGUAUCAUUCUCACAACGCUGACCGUUGAAUACGACGUCAGCAUCAUGGAAUCGGUGAAGUACGCCACUGGGCCUCUGCUCUUGGAGAUAGACAGGCAGAUGGAAGAAGAUUUCGGACUGGUGCUCACCAAUUGCUGCGAGCUGGAGCCUGACGAUAUUCUCACCGCUGGGUACUACGUGGAGAACAUCAUACCGGCUAGUACUGCAGACAGAUGCGGCGCAUUAAACAUAGGCGAUCAACUCCUGGCCAUAGACGACUUAAUGCUGGAAUCGUGGUCGGGCAGUCCGCAGGACGCCGAAAGACUCUUGAGAAGGGCCACCAAGCUGCAGAUUUUACCGGUUCAUGCGCAUCGCAGAACGACGUCUAGGAACAAUUACGGCCAGUAUACCGCCAGUCCCAGCGUGGCAGGAUUCAGCACGCUGAACUCCAGGAGGUCAAGGACCAACAGGAACCGCACCAACAGGCAGAGUUCCAUCAACAAGUCCUUCGAUACCGACUGCGGCAGCAACUACUGUGGAUGCUCAAACAACAUGGGGGGUGUGUCACAUCCAGAAUCCCUAAGUGUCACCCUUACCUCGGAAAGGGGGCACGGCUACGGUUUGGCGGUUUCUGUAGGAGAUCACACUGAGAACCGGUCGGCCGACAUCCUCAUAUCCAGGAUAGCCACGGACUCGCCAGCGUACAGGUGCGGCUGCCUCCAAGUCGGCGACCGGCUCAUCUCCGUCAACCACCAGCCGAACUUGACCCUCCAGGAGAUCAACUCCAUCUUAGAGCUGGGGAACGAACCCAACGCCACGGGCAAGGUAACCUUACAGGUGGAGUUCGACGUUGCGGACACGAUCGUCCCCUCUAGCGGCAUAUUCACGGUGAAGCUGGCCAAGCGCGGUCCUGGACUGGGCAUCACGAUCACAGCCUCAAAAACUCGCCCAGACGAACCUUUCAUCAUUUCGGAGAUCCGCAGGGGCUCCAUAGCCCACCGCACAGGCACCCUGCACGCCGGAGAUCGCCUGCUGGCCAUCGACAAUCGUCAGCUGGAUCACAUGACCAUAGAGUCGGCCUUCGACAUCCUCCAGACGUCCACCAACGAGAUAGUCACCCUGAAAGUGGAGAAAACCGAAACCGAGAACGCCAAUUUGUUCCUGGACAGCGUGGUGUACACCGUCGAAUUGCACAGGUACGGCGGACCGCUGGGUAUCACCAUCUCUGGGAGCGAGGAUUGCGUGGAUCCCAUUAUUCUGUCGAGAUUAACGGAAGGCGGCUUGGCAGAGAAAACUGGUGCUUUACACGUGGGGGAUAGAAUAUUAGCAAUAAAUGGUGAAAGUUUGGAACACAGGCCCUUGUCAGAUGCUAUAAGGUUGCUUCAGACUUCUGGAGACAGAGUACAGUUGAAGAUAGCAAGAAAUAUCAAACCUACCGAAAACGGUAUGGAAGAACCAAGAUGCAGCUACUCUAGCCCAGGGCUAAUGAGUGUGGACAGCGCAAUACAUUCUUGGGACAGCAACACUGUGGAUAACACCAAUGAUAACGCCACAGAUAUCCCCGAGAUAAAAGACGUGGAAAGCGUCCUAAGCGAACCCCUUUCAUAUCAAGAUCAAGACAAGGACCUGACCCUCACCAAAAACAGGAAGCGCGAUUCGCAGCUCCAAUACUACUCAGACACCGAGGAGAUAUUCUGCCCGAGUCCCCUGCCUCUGCCAAAUUACAGCUUCACAAACACCAUGAAAUAUGAGAACAGUUUCGCGCAAUCGCCCAAUAGUUUUAUAGACAGGCUGCCCGGCACCUACAGCAACGAGAGCAUGUUGGACAACGAAAUCUACCACGUCACGUUAUACAAAGAUUCCAUAUACGACGAUUAUGGAUUCAGUGUCAGCGACGGCCUCUACGAGAAGGGGGUCUACGUGAACAGGAUUAGAAAAGGGGGACCGGCGGAUAUUGUCGGUCUAUUGAAACCCUACGACCGGAUUAUACAGGUAAACGACACGAAAACGCAAGAUUUCGAUUGCUGCCUGACAGUCCCCCUUAUAGCAUCUGCCGGAGACAGAAUAGAAUUAGUUGUAGCAAGAAACCCCUAUCUGAAUUACCCAGAAAAAGUAAGUUAUAAAAAUACGCGAAUGAGCACUGUAGCUUAUAUUGUUUUUUUUUUGCAGGACCUCCAAGAUAGUAUGUCGAAGAAGUCGUUUUCGGCCAGCCAGAACACAAUAACAAAGACUUUGUAAUUUAUUUAUUAAAAUAUAAUUCCAGAUUCUAUAUUAUAAAAAUAUUUAUUUUUUAGUUAAGAUAUAUUCAUAUUUACAUGAUAUUCCAUAAAUACAAGUUUGAAGUAUACAAUACUGUAGUUUUUAUAAGUUAAUAUCUACAUUUUAUACAAUAGCUAUAUUAAAAAAAUAAUAAACAAUUAUAAUUUAACUGAUAUCUUAACGAGAAAAAUAAAUAAUAUAUAAUUAUAUUUUUUCACUAUGAUUCGUAACUCAGAUUCAAACAUGAUUAUGGAAAGAACACAAUUCGAUGUAAAUUAGAUUCUCCUCUUCCAUUCUCAAAAUUAAUAAAGUUAUGGUUCUAUAAAAAAACGUAUCAAUUAUUUACAUAAGACAAAUCGCGCGCAGCAUCCCAAAUCGCGAUAUAGGGUGGUCCAAAAAUAAACAAUACUUCCAAGUAAUGGCACAUUUUUUAUUCAUAACAGACAACUAAGGUAAGUAUUUACUGUAGCAUAAAAUUCUCAAAAAUCAUAUUCUCGAGUUUCCUCCUCCAGUUUCUCUGUCACAAUCUGAAAUAAGGUUACUAAGUACCGCAAAUUUAUUUUUACGAACAGCAAAUCGAUUAAAAAUGACGUAUUUGGAUGAAAAGAAAUAAAAAUACUUAUAAUAAUUUGUUAACUGUUAUGUCCGUUUGAUCAGAACUUAUUUUUAUAAUUUAAUGUAGCAAAUGAAUGACAUUAAAAAAAUUACCUGAUCUAACCUACCUUCACAAAAAUUAAUUCUACAUAGGUAAUGUUAGUUUAGGUCAGAUUAAGUUUUUAUGUAUUUAUUAUACAAAAAAAAUACCCAAAUGUAUGCAGAAAUUGAUCUUGAGAUAAUUCACAUAAGUUAAUUAUACCAGUUCUAAGAGAGCACUGUGAAUCCAUGAAAAUGAAACAUAUAGUUUAUUUUACAAUUCCAAAUUAGUUACAUUUAUUUAUAUUUAUAUUAUUCCAUAUCACAUGAUUCGUAUGAAUGGGUAAGCGAAGUAAAGCAGGACUUAGUAACCUUAGACAUCAGACAAAGAGGAUAGACGAGUGAGAGAGGGGUAGAAAAUUACUGGUAUGGCGACCAAAGGCAGUUUAUAUACGAAAUGGUAUAUGUACAAAUACAUACCGUUUUUUUGGUUAUUAUUCUUAAGAAAACGGAAAAUAGUUUCCAUGGACUGCUAAAUCUCUAAUUGCAUGUAUUUUAAAAGACAUUAGUACAGAGUUGCAGACAGUGAUGACGCGUGGUGUACAGGUUACAAUUUUGAAAUAUUUUUUUUAAACUAGGUUCACCCGGACAAAAAUAACCCCAGAUUCGUGUUCAGCCCACUCGAAAAUAGAGGACAAGGAAAAAUUGCACGAGAACUUUUACGCUAUAGUAAAUAAUACUGUAAUGGAUAUUGUCUUGAACUUUUAAGGAAAAAUUCCUCAUUCAACAAUAUUAUAUAUACAUAUACAAAAUAAUAAUAUAUAAUAACAAUAAAGGAUAAGUGUCACAGAUACAUUACAGAAAAUCUUAGUAAUGUAAAUAAAUGUGCCAAAAUACUGCAAUUGCAAUUUAUUACAGGGUGUAUACUCGAAUGGGAAAAAAACAGGAAAAAAUGUAAUUAUCAAAGAAAUAUCAGGUAGUUUUUCAAGUUUCCUGGAAAAUUUUAAAACUUACUGUAAUCGGUCCUUAUUUACCAAGUGCGGCCACUGGAUGUCACAAAAUUAUUCUGUUAACAUAUAUUUUUCUUUAUUUCUCCCCAAAAUAAGAAAAAAAAUGCCACAACCAUGGAAUGUUUAGAAUAUAGAAACGCUUCAAAAUGAAAAAAUUUUGCCUACCUUUUUUUUAAAUUACCCAUUUUCAAGUAAAAUCAAAUUUUAAAGUUCCUGGUCUUAAUUAAAUAAGCUAAAAAUUCUUGCAACAAAAAAGCUAGAACAAAAUUUUACUCAAGCUCUCCAAUUUUACCCACUCCUGAAUAAUUCUAAUUCACAGUAACCAUUUUUUUUAUAAAUGAUAAAAGUGAAACGCUUGUGUAAAUUUUUUAUGUUUGUCUUUAGGUUUCAACUUUACUCGAAAAAAUUUUUUCGGGAAUCUCAACUUGAACACCCUAUAUAUCGGAAACUAAACACUUAUCGACCUACAUGCUAUUAGAAUUUAGCCAAAAAUCCCAUAUAUUUUUCGAAAAAUAUGUCUUCAAUAAAUAUACUCAUAUCUAGAUUGCUCUUAUUUUGGUGUUCAGAAAGCAAAUAUUAUUAGAAUUUUUUUAAAUCAAAUCACGUUUUUCAUUUAGGAUAAGACCAAGAUGCAAACUUCAUGUCAACCAGAGUCUAACUCAAUAAAUAAAUUAAGUGGGAGAGAUACAAACAAAAAAUUUGGAAAAUGGUCAUUGCAAAAUUGGAACUUAGAGCUUACAUUUUUGCUAGCAAAUGUUUCAAAUGGAAACCUGGAAAACUUGGAAAUAUCAAUUAAUUUUCGGUCCAAAUUUGGUAUACACCCUGUAUUAAACUUGUAUUUCUGUACUUUUAGAACACCCUGUAUAAUAGGUUUAACAAAUUUUAUAUAAAUAAAAGUUUUAUAUGCUAAAAAAGAGAAGUAUAAGAGUACCUAUCCUACAAAUUAAUUUGCUAUAAUAAAUAUAAAAUAAAAACAAUUACAUUAUGCUACUAAUGCUAUAGUUAACUAAAUACUUGUCUAACAGUAUUUUAAUAAUUAUUCAACAUUAAUUUUCUUUGUUUUGAAAAAUGAUCAUAGCAUAUUGCAAAUUUAAAUUUUCAUCUGUUAUCAUAUAGUGUUUUAAAUAAAUAUAAAGUAAGUAAAAAUAUUUGAUUUUCUUUUUUGAUCUGGAGAGGAAAUAUAGCAAGCGCAUCACUGUUAUUUUUUAUCAAUGUGUCGAAAUUUUUACAUCUUCAGAGCUAUACAAUUAAAACGUUUUUCGAUUUCAUAUAAACUACAAAAUAAUAUCUCAACAUAUUUUUAACAACUACAAAAUCCUUCAAGUUAUGUACAAAAAAAACAGAAACAUUAAACAUAAUAUGUAGACAAAAAUUCAACAGAUUGAUUACGAGUGUAGAUGAGCUAACCUACAAAGUAUAUGUCAUUGUUACCCAAUGCCUACUGGCAUAAAGCAUUGCUUUAUAUCUACUGACAUAAGACCUACUUAUCUUUAGGUGCUUCAGAGCCUUCACACGCCUACGCUCGAGAUAAAGCGAUCGCUAAUUGGUUGAAAGAUUGCACCAAUCACAGCCGAUGAAAUAGAAUGUUGUGUUUAAAUGUAAUCUUGAUCUUAUUGUUUUAAUUUUACCGAAAUUUGUCAACAUGAAGGAAAUGAUGAAAUUACUGUUAAUUAUUUAAGUUAUAUACUGAAUUUUAUAUGAAAAUAAUGUUUUAACCAUAGUCGUCAACAGAGCUUCUCUAUAAAACGUGAUAAGCAAGUAAAUUAAAGCCUGAAAUAGCUCUAUAAAAAAAAAAUAACUUAGCACUAUUACCGACUAAAAUUUACUAACUUACUGAAACACCCUAUAUAUUUAUUAAAGAAACAGGUAGGUAGAAUACAUAUAUUUUAUUUUUUAUUUAAAAAUAUUACAAAACAUGAUUACCGCCAUGGUAACUUCAAUCAUUUCGUGGUUUUAAAAAUAUAAUGCAAUAGCAAUAAACUAAAUUAAUUUUAUUUCGCUUCCAGCAAAUCAUUUUCAUCUACACACUAAAAACCACAAUUUCUCUAACUGAUGAGUUAUAUAGAUUAAACAAUAAAAAGUUUUUCAUGUAUCUCAAAAACGACAAAUGUUUAUAUAAAAAAAUAUAUUAAAUUUAACAAGGAAUAUGCUCCUUCAUUUUUGACAUUUUUAUCAAAAGUUAUACCGUCAUGCUAGCACUAGCUAAUGGGCAUAUGUGAGGGGUCUGCCCCCACAGACCCUGGACCGAGAACAAGGACAGGUCAGAGAUUCCUAGGUAGGGCUAAAGAAAUGCAACGCAAGUCUGUAACUUGCUUCAACAUAGGCAACAGCAUAACAACCCGAAAAACCAUAAUAUUUUAAAUGUUAGAUACGAUCAUUAGACUCUGUAUUAUUGUGUAAAACCUAGUAUAGUAUGCAGAGACUGAAAUUUCAAAAGGACUUUUAGCUAUGAUAUUGUGGGAAGCAACUACUCUGCGAACUAAAGCCCCGACAGAUAAAAUUCAUCUGUAGAACCACGACGCCCAUUCGGAGACUUUUAAUUUAUUUAAUAUACAGAUACUCCACUUAAUUUUAGGAAUAAGAUCAAAUAUGCCCAUUAGCCUUAACACGGCUGUAUAACUUUUAAAUGAACAUAUUAAAAUGAGAAAAUUCAUUUUUGUGUGAUGGCUAUGAUCAUUUUCAAUUAAAAAAUUAUUUAAUGGCAAGGUAUUUUGAAGAAUUGUUUACUUGUUUCAAAGGUACCAUUAACAACUACAAAUAUCAAUAAAUAAUACACUUGUAAAACGCUGUAUUGGUACUAAAAAACGUUUAAAGUUACAAUUACUAACCUGUAGUAACAAUAUUACCUACAACGUUCUAAUGACUAAAAAUAGGCCUUCAUGAAAACCACCUGAAAACUGUAUCAUUACUGAAAAACAAAUACUUUCUCACAUGUUCAAUUCACAUGCAACAAACUACAUUCAAUCAACCGUAGAUUGUUGUAUUUCAAAACACAGAACACAUUAAACUAUUAGACCGUAGGGUAAGCCAGAAAUAAGUGCCAAAAUUUAAACUUCGUAUUUAACUCGCCAGAAGCAGCAACUUUUGUCCAAUAAUUUUUUUCC